AUGUUGUCGCUGUGUAUUCUGAUAUUCCUGCCACUCGGAAUCGUCGAGGGUGUCGUGAACUGCUACGGUAAAGCAGACGGGAACUACGAAAUAACCUGUCACGACUACACCCGUUGUCACAACGGGCUGGGCACUCAUAUUACCUGUCCGAGCUCACAGUUCUACAAUCCAGCCAAUGAAAGAUGUGACACUAAUAUCCACAUACCAUGUAGCAUUCAACGAGACUGCAGUGGUAUGGCUGACAAGCGUUAUGCCGACCUUGAGACACAUUGUAAAUCCUACUAUACCUGUGCAAAUGGGUAUUUCCUUGGUCAUAACUUCUGUAACCCAGGUUUGGUAUAUGACGAAGCAAUGCAGCUCUGUAAUUGGCCAGUGAAUGUUGUUGCACCUUGUGGGGGUGCUAGCGUGGUCGGUUGA